GGGAAAAUGUCCUGGGACGCAUGCGCAGUGGGGUGCGGGUGGGAGCGGGGCGUCCGCGCAUGCGCGCUUCCGGUAUGGGUGGGGCCCCCGCAAAGUCGUCCUCCUGUCCCAUUGGUGGGAGAUGGGGAGGGCGGAGCCGCAAACCCGGAAGCGUCGGGAUGGCGCGGAGAGGACCGAACGUGAACGGAGCUGACCGGACCGGGCACCCUGGUGCCCUUUGACCCCUGACCCCUGCCCUCCGCUCCUCCUAAACCCCUUCCCCAUGGCGGCGAUCCGCCCCAAAACCCCUCCCGUCACCCUGCGGGGGCUGCACCGGGACGGGGCCUUACGGGGCCUCACGGCUGAGGAGGCCCGGCGGGCGCGGGUGGCCCGGGGCCGCCCGGACCCCCCCCCGGGAGAAGGUGACGAGAGGGCCCGGGAGCGGCGGGUGCCCGUUUCCCGCCUCGGACGGCUGGCCAGCUUCGGAGGACUGGCAGUGGGUCUUGGCGUGGGGGCCCUGGCCCAGGUGGCGCGGGCGAGGCUGAGUGUGAGGGCAAGCCCCGGGCUACCGGCUCCCCAACUGGACUCCAGCCCCCUCCUCUCGGAAGCCAACGCCGAGCGGAUUGUGGCCACGCUCUGCCGGGUGCGGGGGGCCGCCCUCAAGCUGGGGCAGAUGCUCAGCAUCCAAGGUGGACGCAGCUUCCUCAGCCCGCAGCUGCAGCGGUUCAUGCCGCGCUGGCAGACCACUCAAGUGCUGGCGGAGGAGCUGGGCCCCGGCUGGCGGGAGAAAAUGUCGGCUUUUGAGGAGAUGCCUUUCGCUGCCGCCUCCAUCGGGCAGGUGCAUCUUGGGGUGCUGCGGGACGGCACCGAAGUGGCCGUGAAGAUCCAGUAUCCUGGCAUCGCCCGGAGCAUCCGCAGUGAUGUCGACAAUCUGCUCUCUCUGCUCAAGAUGAGCGUGGUGCUGCCGGAGGGCCAGGGAGGAACCGAAGCGUCCCGGAACUUUCGGUGCGGGGUUUGGGGGGGGGGGGAAGGAAGUGUGGGUGCGUCGUGUGUCCCGCUCCCGGAAGUGGCGCACGGGCGGGACGGAGGCGGUGGCGAGUGA